GCAGGGCUGUAUAACUAUAGUCAAUCAUUACUGAGUCAGGAGUCCAACAGAGACAGAUCUGAAAAUUCACAUUCAAACACAGCGGUACAGCUCCAGGCUCUGGAUCAGUGAGACUAAUGCAAUCUGCAUGAUGGUGGGAGACAGAUUCUCUGUGCUUUUAGCACUGGCAUGGCUAUGCUGGACAGGGAGUCAAGCACAACAUAAAGAGCAUAUUAACUGCGACGACAAAGAUGUGGACGCAGCUGUGGAUUUGGCACUUGUGAAGCACAACGAGCAGUUUACUGAAGGACGUCAGCUAGCUCUCUAUCAAAUCCUCGAGGCCACCAAGGAACAUAAUGACUCAGGACCGGUGAUAUCAGUGAGUUUCACUAGCAGGGAGACAGACUGUCCAGCAGGAGGAGACAAAACGUGGCGUGAGUGUGACUACCUGCCAGAUGACCCAAAGAAACCCAGACCUUGUCAUGUGAAGACACAGAUGACGGAGACAGGUCAAGAAAUCCUUCUCCAUGCCUGCUCAGUUGAGCCAGUGAUCCUUCCUGAGCGAGCGCCUUGCCUGGGUUGUCCUGAAGAAAUUGAUCCAAUGAGUGAGGACUUAAAGGAGCCACUGAGUUAUUCUAUCGCCAAAGCCAACGCAAUGAACAAUGCAGCUCAUUUCUUUGUUCUGAACAACUUUGCAUAUGCAACAAGACAAGUAGUGGCUGGAUUCAGAUAUCACCUUCAGUUUGAACUGAUGAAAAGUAAUUGCUCUAAAGCAGAGUUCAAAGAGAUAACUGACGAGUGUCAUCCACAUGAACAAACUUUCAUGAACUGCAACUCUACGGUGGAUGUGGCCCCUUGGAGACAUGAGGUUCCCGAGCCACAUGUGGAAUGUGAACCAGGUCCUCUAAGAAAGACUUUCAUGCGGAGGAGACCACCAGGCUGGUCUCCUUUGAGAACUGUCCUCCACGCUGUCCCUCCUUCAACAACUGUUACGCCAACAACUGAAGCAACCACGGCGAAAUCCGAAAAGGAGUCUUCCGAGGAGUGUCAAGACAAGACUGCCUCUGUCGCUAGCUCUGAUCCAGCUCAGGAGUCGGCUCAACCCUCCACUGAGUCUGUCAGUUCUUUUAACUGCCCCUCCAAACCCUGGAAGGUGUUUGUACCUGCUCCUGCUCCUGCUCCUGCACUAGAGGGUCCCCAACCUGAUGUACAAGUAGAUGGCUUCAGUGAUGCAGAUUUGUUAGGACAGUAAUGUCAUUUAUGGUUGGAUGUUGCUAAAUGGAGUUAAUGAAAAUUAUUUUAAAGGCUUUUGUAUUAAAAUAGAAAAAAUGCUCUUGUAAUCUCAGUUGUUGGGCAUCAUUGCUGACAUACAGAAUAAACUAUUAUUGUCAUUA